AACUUUGCACUCAAAGGAUCUUCGCGAUACAUAUGCAAAAUGGGUGUCGCAAAGACGACCAGGAAAUUUGCUCAAACUAAGCGCAUCAUCGGCAAACGGGAUGCACGGCUCAAGGAGAAUAAGGACAAGGCCGACAUCGUCCAGGAGACCAAGAAGAAGGCCACCGCAAAUGGCGAGCUGAUCCGCGAGGUGCCCCAGGCACCGUCGUCCAUGUUCUUCCAGCACAAUACGGCCCUCGUACCUCCCUAUCAGGUCCUCGUCGAUACCAACUUCCUGUCCCAUACCGUCUCUCGGAAGAUCGAGUUGCUCGAAGGCAUGAUGGACGCACUGUACGCAAAGUGCGAGGUUCUGAUCACCUCGUGUGUUAUGGCUGAGUUGGAGAAGCUUGGGCCCAAAUAUCGGAUUGCCCUUCGUAUCGCCCGCGACGAACGGUGGAAGCGCCUCCCCUGCGAGUCCGUCCACAGCGGAACCUACGCCGACGAUUGCAUCGUCGACAGGUGCAUGAAGCACCGCAUCUACAUUGUCGCCACAAACGACCGAGACCUGAAGCGUCGUCUUCGCAAGAUUCCCGGUGUGCCAAUUAUGAGCGUCGGCCGGGGCAAAUAUGUCAUUGAGAGACUGCCAGAUGCUCCUUCAACCUGA